AUGAACCGCCAGGGCGGCUCGGAGAAGAACGACCCGCACCGCUUCGUGGAGGGCAUGAGCUUCAAGGGCAAGCUGAUCGGCGUGCUGGAGGUGUCGGAGGCGCGGGGCGACCGCAUGUGCCAGGACGCGCUGGCCGAGCUCAAGAUGGCCGUGCGCGCCGCGGGGGAGCACAAGCAGCGCAUCCUCAUCAGCGUCGCCAUGGAUGGGAUCCGCCUGCGCGACGAGAGAUCCAGCGUAAGGACCACACCCACGGGGGACUGCCUCUACCAUCACCCUGUCCACAAGAUCUCCUUCAUUGCCCAAGACAUGACGGACAGCCGGGCUUUCGGCUACAUUUUUGGUUCGCCCGACGCAGGACACAAGUUCUUUGGCAUCAAGACAGAGAAGGCGGCUAGCCAGGUGGUCAUCGCCAUGCGCGAUCUGUUCCAGGUUGUAUUUGAGCUGAAGAAGAAGGAAAUAGAGAAGGCGCGGUCGCAACUGGAGGGGGGUCGGGACAGAGGAGAAUCCAGGGACUCUUCGUUUGGCGCACUGUUUGGCAGCAAUGGGGACAGCGGAAUAGUGAGUGCCAGUCUGACCAGUGGGGCCGGGGGGGCUAUUGCUGACUUGCUAGACCUUCAAAGUGAACUGAGCUCCCUUCAGAAGGGGCUCUCGGAAAUCAGCCAGCAGCGUGCUCAACAGAACCAGAAGGUAUUGCUGGUGUGGCAACGCUGCAGGAGGCAUGGUAGAGAGAGGAGGAGGAGGCUCAUGCAGAAUACUAUAGGAAGGAUAGCACAAGCUGGAGAUAUAACAAGAGCUGAUCUCUUUUUGCAAGGUCUUGGUUAA